UGGCCCUCAAUCUUUUUCUUGAUCUCUCAAAACUCUAUUUGAAAUUUUCUUGGAAGAAAAAAUUUUAGAAAUUUGAUAUUUUUUCGAAAACUAUAAAAAAGAAAAAAAAGGCAAAGAAAAAGAAAUUAAUAUAUUUAAUUAAUUCAACACCAUCUCAAAUAUGAUCCCUUCAGUAGUCAACACAUCAAGUAAUUCAUUAACGUGGAAUUCCAGCAAAGACAUGAAUACGAUGUCUUUAGUUUCUUCAUCAUCUUCGUCCUUGUUGACUAUGAUAAUGGCUAAUAUGAGCUCCUUAGAUGGAGAGAUGUCUGUGUCUACAGAAAACCCACCACCAGUCAGCAUGCGAUGGGGCAUGUUAUCACUGGUUUUCGUCAUCAUCUGUGCUGCAUCGGGUAACCUGCUUGUCUGCAUGGCAGUCUGCUGGGAACGAAGGCUACAGAAUAUGACAAACUACUUCCUUAUGUCUCUGGCUAUUGCAGACUUCCUCGUCUCCAUUUUGGUGAUGCCACUUGGAAUGAUUGUCGAAAUCUACGGAUUUUUCCCGAUGAAUCCACAUGUCUGUCUGUUCUGGAUCACCACGGAUGUUCUCAUGUGUACAGCAUCCAUCUGGCAUAUGUCAACCAUGUCUAUGGAUCGAUUCUUCACCCUGAAAUACCCAAUGCGGUAUGGCCGCAACAAGACCAAGCAUAUGGUAUGUGUGAAAAUCCUAUUUGUGUGGUUCGUCUCCAUAGCAAUCAGCUGUCCGAUGAGCAUCAAUGGUUUACUGGACACACGGACAGUAUACAACAAUGGCAGCUGUCUGCCAACCCUGCCCACAUUCGUUAUAUACGGGUCCGUAUUCGCCUUCUACAUUCCUCUCCUGAUCAUGAUUGUCACCUACGCCCUCACCAUCCAGAUCUUGUGGGAUAACCAGAACUUGAUGAAAAGCAUUGAAAAGUUUGAUCGGAGGCCGGCUGUUAAGAGCAGCGGUUCUGUGAAAAAGGAUGUUUCCAUAAUAUCGAGGUCGCAAGGGGACGGCACUGCUGAAAAUCGAAACCGAGCAGUAUUGUCUGAAACUGAUGGACCAGAUACGCACAUUAUUGGAAUCAGUGAGAUUGGACAAGCAGGGGGAGAGGGAGCGCCAUCUGUACAAAACCAACAGCAGGACACAAAGACUUCGCGUGCCAACUGGACCCAAUGUGACAGCGUUCGAAAUUCAUUUGACUCAGCUCAAACCACAAUCACAACCUGCACACUUGGCUCUGAACAGGGCACCAAUGCAACCCAGGCAAAUGCUGCUGAACCUAUCCCUGCUCUUAUUGACAACAAAAAGAUGCGACGCAAGAGCCUACAGCUCCCCUUGCAGAAGCGCCGCUGCUCUAAAGUUCACUUUGAACGAGUGCCAUCUGCUGACCAGGUGAAAGAAGAACCAAAACCACAGCCAUUGUACAGCUCAAAGUCCUACUCCCAGAUUAUGGACAUCAACCACUGGAAAACCUCUUCACUUUUCAAGCAUCCUCUGCACCACAGUUACCACGGCCUCAACAACAACAUCAUCAACAUGGACUUCAAUCAAAGCUACUUCCACAUCCAAGAUGAAACCGGCAUCAAUUUCUUGGGUAAUGAAAGCCAGAAUGAAACUGAAGACCAGCUGGAGGUGGGAGCUGAGGCAUCUUAUUGCCGGCCAGUAAUGCUGGCCAAACAGAAUGCUGUGACCUCAAUGGAUGAACCUAUUUCAGUAAAGGGUGAAAGUGUCAGAAUAGUGAAAACAAAAGUUAAUGUGGCCACAGAAACCAGUAAAGUUGGUUGUACAACACCUGAAGAAUGUCCCGAAAUUCCAGAAGGUCAACAACUGGUUGCUUAUAAUGCUCCAGUCGGGGCAAUGAACAAGAACUGCAAGCAAGAUUAUCACACAAUGAAGAGAACUUUCCGCAACUUCAUCAAAGAACACAUAAUGAGGGCAAACAAGAAACCAAAAAUUCAGAAAGCAUUCCGACAUUUACUCAGCAACAAAACAGCCAGCAAUGAAAAAAAGGCUCUUAAAGUAUUGGGCAUCAUUUUUGCUGUUUUUGUCGUUUUGUGGACACCAUUCUUCAUUGUAAAUAUCUUGUCAGCCACCUGCAAAGACUGUAUGUCAAAAAUCACUCCGGAAAUGAUGUCAAUCUUCUUGUGGAUGGGUUACAUUGCUUCUCUGGCAAACCCUCUCAUCUAUACCAUGUUUAAUACGGCCUUUCGUAGAGCCUUCGUCAAGAUCCUCACAUGCAAGUAUCCAUGUAGCCAGAGACAAAACACUGAAAGCUCCUGUCUGAGUUUUACUGCCUCUUGGCAUUUCGACCGAAAAAAUACCAUCAUGAUGUUUCUGAAGGAAGAACUUUCAUAAAUUUCAAAGAAGGAAAGGAGAAAAAGAAGAAAAUUCUAGGAAGAAAGAAAAUAAAAUCAUGAGAAAAAUAACAGAAUGAAGAAAAUUUAUAAAUGUUAAAGACAUCAUAACAAUAUUUGGCGCUGUGUCUAAUGUGGAAAGAAAUAAUGAGGGAGAAGCACAGGGGGAGACAAUGCUCAUCCCUUGGUGCCACAACAUGAAACAAUGUUUGUUGGUUUGUUUGUUUUAAUUUAAAUGUUCACUUCUUUUGAAAAAUCAACAAUUUGUGAAGGAUUAUCAUCCAAAAUUUUCUACCAAUUUGAAGGAAAAAACAAAACUGCAUGGGUGGUUCUUUGAGUUGAUUCUUUGCUAGAAUCCCACUGGCAUUCCACAACAUAUCAUACUAUUUUCACCAUUCCAAACUUGCCUAUCCUGCUUACCAUCCCACCUGAUGGGCUUAGG